UGCACAAACACCUUAUUGACAUCACUACGCAUGCGUCAAAUCUGAUUCUAGCUUGUCAAAAUGUGGUUCACCAAGACCUACUACUUCUUGGUUCUUGUGGUCAUUGCAAGUUGCCAUUUCCACAAGCGACCACACAGUUCCCGUAUUGCUGUUGACUCCUCCAAAGUAAUACAGAUGGUGACUUCAGUACCGUACAUGGCUGCAGUAUAUAUAUCCAGCCCCAACCCAGAAUACCAGUGCCUGACGGCGUCCCUGACAAGUUUCAAUGAAAAAUUGCAACAGGGCAGCUAUUCAUGGUACUUCAAGAGUCUAACUGACCACAAGACUGUGGUCAAGCAGGUGAACUUCGACGUCACACCAGGGAACUCUUCUGAUACGCUACACUUCACGAUUGAAGGAGGCGGUAGCAAAGUGUAUACGUCCUACUACCCGUACUGCAACUACGAGAACUGCCUUGUUGCGAAGAUACCGUACAACAACGAAGACCUUUGUAUACUGUGGAUUACGCCAGAAGUGGUGGACAAUAUUCCGCAUGAGUGCCUAUCCCAGUACCACGUUACAUGCCCUGUGGAGUACAGAGCCUACUACAGCGACAUCUGCUAGACGUACCUGGCAUAAUGUGACAGGAUGCAUACAUGGGAACUUGUGUGUAGUGCACAUCAACUGAACAACAGUUAAUAUUUAGUAACUAAUGGCUGUUUAAAGUGCGUAGUGUUUCUUAGUGAACCAAAUGUAUAUAGUGUUUCUCUGUAACCACUUUCUUCGUAACUUAGUCUAUAGGCCUUUGGUUACUCGACUUUAAUAUCAUGACAUUACUCACGUCCAAAUAUUGUAAUGUACGUCCUGAAUCCCCUUCCUGGAAUUCAAAUGUAGCACACACCCCUAAACCCUGGACCAUGCUAUUCGAAGUGUAUUGGCGGCAGAUCUGUGUGAGAUGGAGUGACAUCAGCCUCACUUUUGAAAAUCAUCCUUACGGAACCUCACAAAGCGCUAUGCGAGUAUAUGCGAGCAGCUGGUUGUGAUAUCCACUUUCGGAAUGCACGUAUGAUUGUAUAAAUCAAAUAUUUGUUGUUUAAGCAUGAGGGUAUUAUAAAAGUAGGCAUGAACAAUACUGACGAAACGACCUCAAAGAAUAAAAAUCGCUGAAUCCAGCUAGGAAUCAGACUAAGGCAUUCUGCAUGCCACUUGGGUAAUUCUACCACAGAUCUUGAAGCUGCGUAAGUAUGGAAGCUUGAGCUAGUUAGUAUGUGUUCACCUUGGUUGAACAGCACACACGAGAAGACGAUGAAGUGCCUACCUGUGUUCUUUUACUUCGGUGUCGCCUCGUGUGCACUGUUCAAUCAAGAUUUUGAUGCUGCCUUGGUGAAAGUUCUUAUGCAGAUGGAACAUCAGUAGAAAAUCGGUUGUAGUUGAAGUUCUGACUAUAAAUUUUCAUUGAAAAGUUAUUGAUCUUUCCUUCACAGGAAUCGAAAUAACUCGAAAGAGAAAACGUGUCUUACAGACCUUUAUAGUUUCACGUUUACUGUAGAUAAUAUAAGAAAGUUUUCGCAGUGUAUUUUGCUCUUUAUAGCCUAUUAUAGUACGCACAUAUUUCACUGCUAUAGCACCAUUUCAAACAGGAUCUUCCAAAAUGACACUUGGUGAUAUCUCUCUAUUCCGACCAAAACCUUCAUGAUGAUUGACUAAACAUACAUUUGUGAGCAUAAAUUCUUGGGUAGCAGUUACCGGAUAGAGCGAAAUCACAGACCACGUUGUGACAGCCAGAAGAGCCCGACUAAUUGGAGGUUCUGCCACUAUUGUAGAGCAUGUAAUGUACCAGUAGAAAGUGAAUUACGCUGCCACGAAGCAGGGCGGUCUGAUAUGGGUACUGUGUUGAAAAUAUAGGCCGUGCUUUUAAGUUUCAUGCAGAUGAAGAGAACGACGUGUGAUAGGCAUUGCAGAUAUGCACUUCAGACGCGAGUUAUAAUUUAAUGUGUAUAAAUAUUGUAGUGUUGUGUAAAAAACUUCAAGGUAUUUUAUAUUCUCUGGAUAAAGAGACGUCAUAACGCAACAACCGAGAAAAGAGCACCAGAUUGGUCUUUUGAGUAACAAGCGCAGUGAGUUCUCGUUUAUUAUUACUGCCUGCUGUAUGCAGGAUGAGCCCAUUCAGAUUGACACUUUUCUUGCCGCACGCACGUGGAAAUAUUCAUUCGCGAAAUAAAGUCUUUUAUUAUAUCGCGUAUUGUGUUUUUCAGUAUUUGUUCUUAGUUAUUGUCUGAUUCAAUUAUUGAAGUUUUCAAAUCAAUCGCACUCUAUUUGUGUAAAAAAUGACUAUCAUCCUCGAUACACACUGGGUCUUGUUACUGGUACUAGUAUAAUCCGGGUGAAAUUGUAAACCUUGCGUUCCAUUGCACCGGGGCAUGUCGAUAUGAUUGUUGAACGUAACAGUGGGUUCAUGAUGUGAUGCUCUAUUGCAAUGCGCAGCGUAAUAAAGUUUAUUGAGCA